AUGUAUAUCGAGGAACUGAAAGAGGGAGAUUCUGAGAGUGGUGACCACCAAAUCCGUGGAGAUCUUUAUGAUAGUGGUGCUCUCGUUGUUUGGGACCCGAAAAGGGUUUUAGUUGGAGCCGGGGCUCGUGCCCUUUUCUACCCGACAUUGCUGUAUAAUGUCGUCAGGAAUAAGAUCCAGUCCGAGUUCCGAUGGUGGGAUAGGGUUGAUGAGUAUGUUUUGCUAGGAGCCGUUCCAUUUCCCACUGACGUGCCUCGCUUGAAGGUUCUUGGUGUAGGUGGGGUUGUUACCUUGAAUGAACCGUACGAGACUUUAGUCCCAACGUCAUUAUAUCAAGACCAUGGCAUUGAGCACUUGGUGAUUGCAACCCGUGACUAUCUUUUUGCUCCAUCACAUGAGGAUAUAUGCAAAGCUGUAAAGUUUAUCCAUGACAAUGCACUCUGCGGCGAAACUACAUACGUUCACUGUAAGGCUGGUCGAGGACGUAGCACUACAAUUGUUCUGUGUUACCUGGUUAAACACAAGCAAAUGACUCCUGAAGCUGCAUACGAGCAUGUGAGGUCCAUUAGGCCAAGGGUUUUAUUGGCCUCUUCCCAGUGGCAGGCUGUUCAAGAUUAUUUCAAUGGGCUCAACAAACCUUAUAACGCAGACAAUUUGCUCAUAAAAACUCUCGACUUCCCCACUGAAGUAGUUGAACAAGAUGAUUUUGAUGAUAAUUCAUUGGUGGUAAUAACCGAAUCAGACCUAGAUGGGUAUGAGGAAAACAGCCAUGGCUCUAACAUAUCUGGUAAAAACAUGCUGUCUGAAGGAAACCUUGCUUGCAAAGCUCACUUUGCUAGUCAAGCCGCCAUUUCCAGGCUCUCGUGCCUGUGGGUAAAGAAGCUCUCAGGCUCUGUCGGAAAUAGUCGGAUUGGGACAAUGGGAGUUGACAUUCAUGUUUAUUGA